AUGUUCCUCAACACACUUACCCCAAAGUUCUAUGUGGCACUUACGGGAACAUCAUCUUUGAUCUCUGGUCUCAUUUUGAUAUUUGAAUGGUGGUACUUUAAAAAGUAUGGUACAUCAUUCAUUGAACAAGUUUCUCUGAACCACCUUUCCCCUCUUCUAGGGGGAAGCAGUGGCAGCAGCGGUAACAGCAACAAUAAUGAUGGUAAUUCCAAUGACAGUGGCUCCAGCAACAGCCAACAACAGUCAGUACCAGGUGGGUACUCCACUAAAUAUUCAAAAUGUAAAGUUUGGCGGAACCCUUUGAAUCUGCUCCGUGGGGCAGAGUACCAACGAUUUACCUGGGAGACUGAUAAGGAACCUCUGACAUAUUAUGAUAUGAAUCUUUCAGCACAAGACCAUCAAACCUUUUUCACAUGUGAUAGUGAUGCUGGCAAACAAGAAUAUGAAAUUAUGCAGAUGGCUUGGAGAGAAAGAAAUCCUGAAAUUCGAAUUAGAGAAGCACAUCGGGCAUUGGAGAAAAACCCUGAGUGUGCUACAGCUUUAAUCCUCUUAGCAGAAGAAGAGUCACAAUCUGUUGUAGAAGCUGAAAAAUUAUUCAAACAGUCCUACAAAAUAGCAGAAAUUAAUUAUAAAAAAUCUGUAAAUGAGGCUCAACACCGACGAGAUACUAAUGUGAUAGUUUAUAUAAAAAGACGUCUUGCCAUGUGUGCACGAAAGCUUGGCCGGACCAGAGAGGCAGUGAAAAUGAUGAGAGAUUUAAUGAAAGAAUUUCCCAUGAUGAAUUUAUUUGCAAUCCAUGAAAAUCUCAUAGAAGCUUUAUUAGAGUUGCAAGCAUAUGCAGAUGUUCAAGCUGUUUUGGCCAAAUAUGAUGAUAUCAACUUACCAAAAUCAGCUACAAUUUGUUACACAGCAGCUCUGCUAAAAGUCAGAGCAGUUGCAGACAAAUUUUCCCCAGAUGUGGCAUCAAAACGAGGCCUCAGCACAGCAGAAAUGACAGCAGUAGAAGCAAUACACAGAGCUGUGGAAUUCAAUCCGCAUGCACCAAAGUAUUUGCUUGAAAUGAAAAGUUUAAUCCUUCCUCCAGAACACAUUCUCAAGAGAGGUGACAGUGAGGCCAUUGCAUAUUCUUUCUUUCAUUUGCAUCACUGGAAACGGGUGGAAGGUGCCCUCAACUUGCUUCAUUGUACCUGGGAAGGCACAUUCCGAAUGAUCCCAUAUCCAUUGGAGAAGGGGCAUUUAUUCCAUCCAUAUCCCACUUGUACAGAAAGUGUUGACAGGGAGUUACUUCCUUCAUUUCAUGAAGUGUCUGUCUAUCCCAAGAAAGAGUUGCCUUUCUUCAUCCUCUUCACUGCUGGUCUGUGUUCAUUCACUGCUCUUCUUGCUCUCCUUACACACCAGUACCCAGAACCCAUGGGAACUGUUGCCAAAACGGUCUUAGGUUGGCUGUACCUGCCAGUCAGUUACAUCAUUGAGAACCUUGAAGCCAUUCUUCCUUCCAAUUUGCUCCACCAACUGUCACGGAUCUAA